GACGUUUCACCAUCUAUGGUGGCUUACAUGCACCGAGCUGUCAUCACGAGCGACAAGAAGGGUGGUUCAUGCAUGCACGAAAGACAUCUUAGGUAUUCCUCCCAUCACACGUCAGCCCGACGCAUGUUUCCGACAGGCCGUAUUGGCAGGAUACACACACGUUAAGCAAUGUCAUGCACUUCUCAGACAGACAUGUUAUGCAGUUUCGUCACUACCGCACGACAUCUUAGGGAGAAAGGCAAGACUAGACAUGCACAUGACAGGGAAUGCACAUGACAGGGACACACAGAACCACAUGGAUAAGGACUCCAUACAUACGUAAGCAACAAGAACCCCAAGUCACGCAGGCUAAUCAGAUUAGUCACGUGCAGACAUACAGAUAAACUUACUGCGCACACGCGCAUACAUGCAUACAUACACGCAAGCCCUCUUGGACACGAGACUAGUGACACAUUGUCUAGAAGACGCUUUUGUUAUCUAGAAACAAAUGUUCCAUCCUCUUUGCCUGAACUUGUCCUGCCUCUGCUGGUGGAACGAGGCAUGGUUGAUGACGCGCACGCUGCAGUAUGUGCGCCACGACUCGUUGCACCGACCCGCAGAGCUCCACUAGGCGCUCAGGGGGCGAUGAAUGCUUGAGGGCCAGCUUCCCAUCGCUUCCCAGCAUUAGCGCAUUCACGUCCGUAUCCGGCACAGGCGUCUUCUCUCGCCUGACACCAACCAGCCAACCACACUUCGCACGAUGAAAGGAAUGAUUGAGAGAAGAUCUGCUUGUGACGUACCAGCUGGCCACAUCCACCAACUCGACUUGCAGCCGUGUCUGAUUGUCCGCGCCAGCAACGAUUGUAAGAACCUGAUACGCGGCAAGGUUUCCUCCCUUAUCCAUCUGUCACAGAGGGAGAUUCUGCGUACCUCCAAUUUCGACCGAGUCUCACGGUACACCUGCUUGAACACACCGGACUCUUUCCCCCACUCGACAACGCGGUCUGUCGGAAAGGAAAGAAACAACACAGUGACAACAACGCGGUCGUAGUGGUAGCUGAUACGUACCCCAUUCUCGUCUGGCUUCAGCCAUGUUUGGCAGCGGAGGCGACAGCUGAGGGCGAGGCGGCUUGCCGUGUUGAGAAUCGAAACCUACGUCCAGGUGCAUCUCCCCGUGCACGUCCCCCCUGAUGAAAAAGUCGCGCAAAUAGCCUCCGUAAAUGAAUAGCUGCGUCUGAUGGACACAUACAUUUACACGUGACCGACUGCCCUUUACUGGUCUGCAUAUGUGUGCAGUAUCUGUCAUACGUACGUGGUGGGUCACAAAGUGGGCGAUGCUCCACACUGAAGCAGACACGCGGGAGUCAGACGCGAUCGAAGCCGAGUCGCGGCCGGAGUCCGCAAGCACGCUCUGUCUGUAUCCGUAGCCGGAAUCAGACGACUGGACCGCCGCAGCGAUGGAAGCCUCAGCAGCCUGGAUCGAGAGCGCGGGCGGCUCCUCGUCGACGCCACCAGUCAGUCUGGCCAUCAGGUACUUGGCUCGCCGGUCGAGGAAGGGGAAAAUCAAAGCCAGGCAGCAGAAGCCGAUCUCUUUCUGCUUCUUCCAGACCUUCGUGGUGCUCUUGACGUCGAUAGAGAGGUGCUUGAAGGUCUGCUCCAGCAUGUCGGUGACUUUCUCCUUGAGGUCAUUCAUCAACCCGUCAAUCUGGUCCUUUUCCAGACGGAUGGACGGCAGGGGAAUGCUCCCCUCCUGAAUGCCGAGAGACUCGAGGUCUUUGCUGAUCCGCUCAGUCAGACGGGCGAUGUGACGCUCGGGGGCAGUGACGACGAAAACGGUGAGCGGCUUUGCCUUCUGCCCACUGGCCGCUGCUGCGUUGCCGUCUUGCGGCCUUGCUGUCCUGGUGAUGCGAGUGAAGGCGAAGUCUCGUUCGAUCAGCGGGCGCUUGAGCUUGUCGAAGAUGAGAGAUUUCGAUUUCGGCCCGUCCACCUGCGACUCGAAACUGCCCGAUUUGUGCUGCUGUCGGAAGUCGAGUGCCUCUUGCACUCGGGCCACCACUUCCCGUCACGCGAGGCCUCCUCAAUCCACUCCUGCUCCACCGGCACAAGCCCGCUGACGAUCGCACAAUCCAUAUCCCGACGCCUGCCCAUCGACGUGUACACCAGCAGCUGACUUUGACUCGCUGCCGUCGGCACCAUGACCUUCAGAUUGGCAUCUCGAGGCCGCAAAAGCACGGCCUCACACUUGCUUCCACUGCCGCCACUCGAUUACGACAGCGGAUAGCACGCCUGGUCCGUGAAUCCCUUGCAGAAAGCCCGCCCAAGUGCUGAGAUCCGGCUGACGUCGUUGGGACUGGCACGCCCCACUCUUUCUCCACGCUCUUCGUGAGUUUCAGCACCUCGACCUCGAGCUCAGCCAUCGCCGCACCGAAUCUGUUGUACUCCCCCUCACUCAUCUCGUUUUGCUCAUAACGUUCAUAGAGGGCAAGGAGCUUUGCGCAGGUGUGCGCACACAGACAUUCAUCAUAUACACGCACUCCAAGUCCACACGUGCAUACGCAGCUUUGCACACAGAGACAUUGAUCAUACACACACAUUCCAAGUCCACACGCACUCCAAGUCCACACGUGCAUGCGCAGCUUUGCGCACAGAGACACAUUCAUCAUAUACACACAUUCCAAGUCCACACGUACAUGCACACGUGCAUGCGCAGGGGUGCGCACACAGACAUUCAUCGUAUACACCUCCAAGUCCACACCUGCAUGCGCAGCUUUGCGCACACAGACAUUCAUCAUAUACACGCACUCCAAGUCCACACGUGCAUGCGCAGCUUUGCGGACAGAGACAUUCAUCAUAUACACACAUUCCAAGUCCACACGCACUCCAAGUCCACACGUGCAUCUGCAGCUUUGCGCACAGAGACUCAUUCAUCAUAUACACACAUUCCAAGUC